CUGCGGCGACAGCGGCGGCGGCGGCAGCAGCAGCAGCAACAGCAACAGCAACAGCAACGUUGACCCGGCGAAAAGCUGAAGGUUCCGGCAACAGCGACGGCCGCACCGCCCCCGAGUUUGCAGCGUGUUUGGAAGAUGUGGCCACGAGCAGUCCUCCGGCAGCGGUAGCAUUUGCUACUCCAGCAACACCAUUUCCUUCCUCCAGACGGCUUCUGUCCUCUUGCCCUGGCGUGUGAAACGGCUCUCAGUGCAAGAUCUUCCUUAGACCUGUUUCUUCUGCUAAGAGAGCUGCAAAAUUGACUUCCUGGUCUCUAGGGGUACUGAGCAGAAUAAAAACAGCUCUCUUGGCGGUGACGCUUUGCAUUUUAUCGGAUGAACUGGAUACAUUUUCAACAUUGAUGGUUGCUCUGCUGUUUCAAUUCAAGGCGCUUGGGGAAAGGUUUCCAUUCCAGGACAUUUCUCUCCCAGCUGAUUGGUUUUUGCCGUAGGUCUGGCUUUGGAGGGGCUCUGGGAAAUCAUGGGGCUACCUGCCUUGGAGUUUAGUGACUGCUGUUUGGACAGCCCCCAGUUCCGAGAAAGGCUGAAGUCUCAUGAAGCUGAGCUGGACAAGACCAACAAGUUCAUCAAGGAGCUGAUAAAGGAUGGAAAGGCACUCAUUGUGGCCCUUAAAAAUUUGUCUUCAGCAAAACGGAAAUUUGCAGACUCCUUGAAUGAUUUCAAAUUUCACUGUAUAGGCGAUGCAGAAACAGAUGAUGAAAUAUGUAUAGCAAAAUCCCUGCAAGAAUUUGCUACUGUUCUAAGGAAUCUAGAAGAUGAGCGCAUACGCAUGAUUGAGAAUGCUAGUGAAGUCCUAAUCACACCUUUGGAGAAAUUUCGAAAAGAGCAAAUUGGUGCUGCUAAGGAAGCCAAGAAGAAGUAUGACAAGGAAACUGAGAAAUAUUGUGGAAUAUUAGAAAAGCACUUAAAUCUAUCUUCCAAGAAGAAAGAAUCUCAGCUUCAAGAGGCAGACAGCCAGGUGGACCUGGUCAGACAGCACUUCUAUGAAGUUUCUCUUGAGUAUGUCUUCAAAGUACAAGAGGUUCAGGAGAGAAAGAUGUUUGAGUUUGUGGAACCACUGCUGGCAUUUCUGCAAGGGCUGUUCACAUUCUACCAUCAUGGCUAUGAGCUUGCAAAGGAUUUCAGUGAUUUCAAGACACAGCUGACGAUCAGUAUACAAAAUACAAGAAACCGUUUUGAAGGCACACGAUCUGAAGUUGAAUCCUUGAUGAAGAAAAUGAAGGAGAAUCCUCAUGAGCACAAAAACAUUAGCCCUUUCACCAUGGAGGGUUACCUCUAUGUUCAGGAGAAGCGUCAUUUUGGGACAUCCUGGGUGAAGCAUUACUGCACAUAUCAGAGUGAAUCCAAACGAAUAACAAUGGUGCCAUUUGACCAGAAGUCUGGUGGAAAGGGGGGAGAAGACGAAGCUAUUAUCCUCAAAUCUUGCACUCGACGGAAGACUGAUUCCAUAGAGAAGAGAUUCUGCUUUGACGUAGAAGCUGUGGAUCGGCCUGGAGUGAUUACAAUGCAGGCACUUUCUGAAGAAGAUCGAAGGCUGUGGAUGGAAGCAAUGGAUGGCCGGGAACCGGUCUACAACUCAAAUAAAGACAACCAAAAUGAAGGCAUGGCCCAGUUGGAUAAUAUGGGAUUUAGCAUCGUCAAGACGUGUAUCCAUGCUGUUGAAUCUAGAGGGAUCAAUGAACAAGGACUCUACAGAAUAGUUGGGGUCAACUCCAGAGUUCAAAAGCUACUGAGUAUCUUAAUGGAUCCCAAAACUGCUGAAACAGAAGAUGACAUCUGUGCAGAGUGGGAAGUUAAAACAAUCACCAGCGCACUGAAAACUUAUUUAAGAAUGCUCCCUGGGCCACUCAUGAUGUAUCAAUUUCAAAGAAGCUUCAUCAAAGCAGCAAAAUUAGAGAAUCAAGAAUCCAGAAUUUCAGAGAUCCAUAGCUUAGUACACAGACUUCCAGAGAAAAACAGACAGAUGCUCCACUUACUCAUGAAUCACUUGGCAAAUGUUGCUAAAAAUCACAAACAGAAUCUUAUGACUGUCGCAAAUCUGGGAGUUGUUUUUGGACCAACAUUAAUGCGACCACAAGAAGAAACUGUUGCUGCAAUUAUGGAUAUCAAGUUCCAAAAUAUUGUGGUUGAGAUUUUAAUAGAAAACCAUGAAAAGAUAUUUAACACAGUGCCUGAUAGUCUGCAGUCAAAUUCUCAACUGCUCUUGUCUCGAAAAAGGAGUACAGAUUCAAAGCCACCAUCAUGCAGUGAGAGGCCCUUAACACUUUUCCAUACCCUGCAACACAAUGAAAAGCAGGAGAACAGAAACAGUAUAAUUAAUUCCAGCCUGGAAUCAGUCGUAUCAUCAUCCAACAUCAACAGUUUCCUCCAGUCCAGUAAUACCGUUCAGCCUAACAAGAACUCGGUUGAAUCCGAUGCAGACGUUGUAAAACCCAACCGGCCAAAUUCACUAGUCCCCCCUGCUCCAACAGAGGCCUCUGGAGAUACACCUACUUCACAUCAAACAUCUGGGGAAAAUGGCAGCGUUGACAAGUGGUGCUGAUCUCAACUACCUUUGAAGUGGACUACCUAGGAAUUGUACUGUGUCCAUAAAUGUUGCAUGCAUUACACCCAGAAAACCUGUAAAAAUGUGCAGAACAGUACGCUUUCCCAUUUAUAUGUUAAAGAGAACCCUAAUUUUUUAUUAGGCCAUCCAGUAAAAAUGGGUGCUAUACGAAUAAAGAUAUAUUCUAUCCACCUUCAUCUGAAAAAUAAAUGAAAGAAAUUGACUUGGUUAAAAUCUGAUCUUUGUAUCAAAUUAGUUGAGCCUAUAUAUUCUUUCUGAAGGAUGGGAAUGAAAGGCAAACAAAAAGUCAAACAGAUGUCACCAUGCCAACUUAGUUUGCUUCCCACCUGCCCUCAUCUUGUAUGUAAAUCCUGAUAGGCUUUGUGAUUAAGCUGUUAAUACAGAAACCUGUUAUACCUUUUAAGGAUUUAAUUACCAACUUUUAGAUAGGACUGAUGUGUGUGUUUGUGUGUGUUCCCAAGCUUUUUGAUUGUGUCAAGGAAUUGAGACCUUUUAAAUAAUAAUAAACAUGCAUCAGCAGCACAACAGGAACUCAAGAACAUAGGUUCUUGGCAAAAAUAAAAGCAGACAAGAUCAGUAAUUGGGACUGAUGCACUGAAUGCUACCAAAACAAAACAAAAAAAUGGGGGCGGGGGCGGGGUAAUAUAAUAACACCCCUAAUAUGUAGCUCUGGGGAAGGUUUGUUUUAUUCUCCCUUCAAAACAUGAUUUCAUUUAUAAAUGUACAAUAUUGUAUACACUGUUAAAACAGUGGAGCAGCUAGUGUGCAGGGGGCAGUCCUCAGAGAAGAAUGUUGCACUAAAGCUUGUUCAGCCCAUGUGUAUGCAUCUUAGGUUAAGAGCUAUUAAGGCUGGAUUCUGCUUCAAGAUGCCAAAAUGGCUAUUGGGACAACUUGAUUCUGGGUUAUUGGUUGAAGAUACAUCUGAAAACUCUUGAAGGCAUUCCUGGAGUACCAACCACAAUCAUGAAAAAAUCUGAUCAUGAUUCUUGUCUACUUUGUGCUAGUCUGACUGCACCUGGAAUAUUGCAUCCAGUUAUGGGCACCACUUUUUAGGUAGGACAUUGACAAACUGUGGUGUAAGCAAAGGAGAACAACCAAGAUUAUAAGGAGUCAGGAAGGAAAAAGUACAACAAAUGGUUGGUAGUGUUAGGUAUAUUUAGCCUGGAGAAGACUAUGGAGAGACAUGACAUUCUGCCAAACAAUAAUAAGAUCUAAUGCCUAAUAAUAAGAUCUGUUUGAUAAUAGGCUGCCUUGGGAGGUGUUGGACUUUCCUUCACUGGAAAGUCCAGCACCUUAAAAAGAGACUGGAUUGCCAUCUGUCAGAGAUACUGGAGGAGUUGUUUCUUGCAUCGGGUUGCAUGAUUUUCAAGAUCCUUUCUAACCCUUAAAUUCUAUGGUUCUAUGUAUGCAUUGAUGCAGUAUUAAUAACACAUUUCUAAAGUGUUAUAGUAUGAUUGCUAUUUAGACUUAAAUGGAUUAGGCAGAAGGUAGUUGCUUUGAGUAUUUGAUUAUAAUAAAAAAUGAAAAAUGCAUAUCGUUAAGAAAAGGUAUCUCAUGUUCUCAAAUUAAAUAUAUUGCAUUUUUAAGUUACUUUCUUCAUUAUCGUGAUAUAUAUCCAAGCAUUUAUCUGUGAAUUUGUUCAAAAGGGUGUUGACUAUGGGCAUAGUGUAAGAGAAAAAGAAGAAAAAGUGAAGAAUUAAAAUAAUACUGGAAAAUUUAUUGGAAUUCAAAUUUACUUUUUAGAGUUAAGAGACAUGUUGAAUCAAUGGAAUUUAAAUUAGUCAUAAUCUUAAUAUUAGUCAUAAUAUUAACUUAAAUCUCACCUAUUUCAGUGAGGAUCCCUCCAGUUAUGAGGAUGACUAGUGUGAAUACAAUAGGCUACAAAUCUAGGCUGCAAAAAUCUAAAUAUCCACUAAAUGACAAAGAGAUACAAGCAGUUCUAAUGCUUUGCUGUCACCUAGUGGUCAUCCAGAUUUUUGCAGCCCAGAUCUGGUAACCCAAGAGCUAACCCCUUGGAUUUAGAAAACAAAAAACAUCAUUACUGUGAAGUACAUUGCAUGUUUCACAGGUGAUACUCAGGGCUGUGCAGAUCAGUUGCAUAUAAUAAACUAUAAUACAUAUUAUGUAUAUGUUGCAAUAAAUAAACGUGGUUAUAAUAUUACUAAUUUAUAAAAUACACUGUAAUGCAAGAAACCUCAAGUUGGUAUAAUACAAACAUCAAGUACAUCUUCUUAAAUCAUUUUGUGUUUAUCAUAGAGCUAAAUGUUUCUAAAUUUCUAUUUAAAUAUGUAAUAGGUCCCUUUCAUGCUAAACUGCUAAAAUAAAAUUUAAUUGCAGCAAAAAUAAAACCAGCUAAGCUCUUUUACUGUAUAAAAA